AUGGCGUUGCCCUGGGCCCUCGCAGUCUUGAGCCUUUUUCCUCUCCUGGACGCCCAUAGCCCGACAUGUACCAAUUUCUCAGUGCCUAUCACCAAUGCCACCCUUGACCAGGUCUCUGGCAAAUGGUUCUAUAUCGCCUCGGUUUUCCACCUCCCCGAGUACAAGGAGUCGACUAAGAAAAUCCAGGCAGCUUUCUUCUACUUUGCUCCCAACCACGAGGAGGACACGUUGCUGCUCAGAGAGUACACUACCAUUGGGAACCAGUGCAUCUAUAACUCCAGUAGUGUGAAGGUCGACCGGGAAAAUGGGACCCUGGCCAAAUUUGCGGAGGGCAAAGUACAUUUUGGCUACCUGCUGCUCCCCAAGGACCCCAAGACCUUCAUGCUUGCUUUCCCAGAAGACAAGCAGAACAUGGGGCUGUCCUUCUAUGCUGACAAGCCGGAGGCGACCAAGGAGCAAAUGGAACAAUUCUAUGAACACCUCGCGUGCAUGGGCAUGGACAAGUCGGAAGUUAUAUACUCCGAUGAGAAAAAGGAUCUCUGUGAGCCGCUGGAGAAACAACACGAGGAGGAAAGGAAGAAGGGAGAGAGACCCAAGGCAGACACGGUAUAG